AGCAAUGUCCACUCAAGCUUUCCAGGCGCAUCAGGCACAAUGCAGAUGCCACGUGCGCCGCUCGAGACAAUUCCAAGGAUGGACCUGAGGAUGGACGUGGUGGACGUGGUGGAGACGGUGGAGUCUUCGGUAAUGGACCUCCCCAGACCACUCACCAUGGUGAAGCCCCCGCCGCCCGACCAGUCGAUGGGACUCGGGACGUGGGACGCCCCAGAGCCGGUCGUCGUGGACCCAGAGCCGUUCUCCUUCAAGGAGCUCAUGGGGAUGCUCGCCGACGCGCACCACAGGCAGGUGCGGGGGCUGGAGGCCGAGGCGGCCAGGGCCCGCGAGCGCCUGGCGAAGUCCGAGCGCAGGCAGACCGUGCUGGAGCGGGAGCUGGAGGAGGCCGCGCGCAGGAGCAGCGUGCCUGGGGCCGUGGAGCCCGUGUGCGGGCGGUCGCAGUCGCGCUCGAGGACGCUGCCCGCGCGCUUCCCGCAGGGGCAGCACGGGGGCCUCGCCGAGGGGGUGCCCCAGGGGAGGGCCCUCACGAAGGACACCACGUCGACGGGGAACGGCAGGAGCGCCUGGGCGAACGAGCUCGCCAAGAUCAGCCGGAUGGACUCGGUCGUGAGGAGGUUCACCGUGGAAGAGAGCAAGUUCAACGAGCAUCGAACGGGAAGGUGGGCAUACAAGAUAGUGAAGAGUGUCUACUUCGACGCGCUGUCGUAUGUUCUGAUUAUUGCCAACUCUAUAUUCAUUGGCGUCUUCAUGGAGCACCAGCUGUCCUGUGCCAUCAAGGGCCGCACAAGCAACAAAGCGUUCGAUAUCGUGGAGGCAGCUUUCGUGGUCUGGUUUAGCGUGGAGCUGCUUUUGAAGAUCCUUGCGGAGGAUGUCAAGGUGUUCUUAGGCCCCGAUUGGCCGUGGAAUGCGUUGGAUCUCGUCUUGGUGAUUUCAGCGGUUGGGCAACUUGCAAGCGAGUCAGGAGCGCCGAAUAUAAGCUUCGCCCGGAAUUUGCGACUCGUCAGGGUGGUGAGUAUAUUGCGUGUCGCGCGGGUGGUGCGCAUAUGCCAGAGUCUGCGGGUCAUGAUAUUUGCGAUAUUGCGAUGUUUGGAUGCACUGCUCUGGGUCUUUAUCGUGCUCGCUUUCUUCAUGUACAUCUUCGCGAUGUCGUUCAUGCACGCCGUUACCGUUCAGUUCCAAGACUUUGAGUCCACGUGGCUCGCGCCGUGCCCCGACCAAGAAAGUUGCCAGUCCGACGAGCUCGGGUGCCCUGCCAAGUGUGCUCACCUCACAUGGCUCGACUACCACUUGGGCUCUCUCCCCAAGAUCAUGCUGAUGCUGUUCCAGAGCAUGACGAACGGCCGUGACUGGGCAGAGGUGUAUGAUAUGCUGCACCAGAUCCACGGCAACUAUGGCUUCAUCUUCGUGGUGUUCAUUUAUUUCAUGUUCUUCUUGGUGCUGAAUGUAUCCAUGGUCGGCACAGUUGUCGACGUCACGUCGGGCGUGUCGAAGCGCGAUCGCGAUCCAGGGUCGGGUCAAGAGCGAGAUGACACGGCUAAAGGAGUACACGAACAGCAUCAAGGAGUUCUUCAUGAGCGCUGACACGGAUGGAUCAGGCCAGCUCUCAUUCGAAGAGUUCUCCAGGCAUUUGCAGGACCCGAAGAUCAAGGCGUACUUCAACACGUUGGAACUGGACACCAGGCAGGCGGACGUGCUGUUCACCCUGCUCGACCACAACGAGAGCGGCGAGGUGGGCAUCGACGAGUUCCUCGACGGAUGCCUCCGCCUGAAGGGCGGGGCCCGGAACCUGGACAUGAACCUGGUGAUCUACCAGAUGGAGCACCUCCUGAAGGAGAGCAAGAACCUGCUCAAGCGCAUCGGCACCGAGAGCAGGCAGCUGCCCUGGAGGGGCUAGGCGGCCUAAGGCAACACGCGGGUCGCCGCCGGGGCGAGGGCGGCAGAGGUGAGCCUCGCUCCUCCUCCCCUCUCGCCAUUGGUCAUGUUUGGGUCGCUCCCCUACCCUUGCCGACGUUAUCCCGCUGCCCUCCCCUGCGUCCCUCCUGGGCUCAGGAGUGAGCCGACGUUUCACUUCAUCAUGCAAUAUACAGGUAUCAAGAAUCCUUCUGCGCUAGUUCAAUGCAACGGGAAGGUAAUGCCGCGGCGCCUCGUUUGCGCCAGCCGCUUCCGCCUCGAAGUGACUUCCCGCUUGUUUUUCCUCCUCCUGCCGAACUCCGCAGAUUCGCAGCAGCCCCGGCUGUUGCUGCGACAGCGCGGGAGACUCUUGCGGGAGGCCGUGACAAGCACGAGCCCGCUGGCCGCGGACAACCCGUGUACAGGUGGCGCGUGCGCCUGACAAGAUCCAGCCCGGGGCGACCCCCUGCACGAUUAGGCUCGGGGCGGCUCCCUCCAAACCGCAACUGGCUCCAUCUCCUUGGAGGAGAGAAUAUGAAA